AUGGAUUGGCUGCUUCACAAUUUACCAUUUUAUUCGCAUGUUCGACAAACGAGGCCUCUAGAGCCUUUGAAGUUUGGUGGGAAGCUGGAUCUUCUUGGGCUAAUCGACAAGUAUAGCCCAGAGUUUAGUCACGGAGCUAUGGCCCUAUUCCACCCACUAUACUUCACAGGGCAUUUCCAGACUGUAGCUGCUGCCUUGAAAACAUUCGAAAAUAUUGAUCAGGUAUACUACAAACGCUUGGUCUUGGAUUGUUCCGGCGGAGGUGAAGCAGCUGUGGAUUUCAGAGUCGAGCCUUGGAGUCCAGAAGAUCCACAACCCACUUAUGUUCCGCCUAAUCAGACAAGAAAGCUCCAGCCCAGGUAUCGGUUCUUUACACCAUCGGAACUGCAGCAGUUGAGCUCUGAGGAUGCGAAGCCCAUGAUGAUCAUUUUACAUGGUCUUACAGGCGGAUCACACGAGGCGUAUGUACGCGGCUUAGUCAACACAAUAGCAACGAAGUACUCUUUUGAGGUGUGUGUCUUGAAUUCUCGUGGAUGCAGCGAGUCCUGCAUCACCACCCCACAGCUCUACAAUGGCGCCUGGACUGAUGAUAUCCGGGAUCUUGUGAAAAAACUGCGCGGCCUCUAUCCGAACCGUAAGCUUUACUUGGUUGGAAUUUCCCUAGGUGCCUCCAUAGCUGCGAACUAUUUGGGUCAAGAAGGUUCGGACUGUGAAAUCGAAUGCGCGGCUGUGUUGGGUAAUCCGUGGGAUCUUUGUAAUUCGUCCUACCACUUAAACCGGUCACUAAUAGGACACUAUAUUUAUGGCAGCAAGCUUUGCCAAAGCUUAGUGAAGCUCGUGGCCAACAACUUAGAAACCUUAAAGAAAGACCCAUACAUGGCUAAACUCUACGCCGAGAAACUGAACAAGGUUGAACGCUUAGAAGAGUUUGACCAAUAUUUUACCGCACCAAUGUUUGGAUUCAAUACCUCUUAUGAGUAUUACCGUUAUGGUACAAGCUCCAAUAGGCUACCACAAAUUAGAACACCUCUGCUUGCAAUCAGUGCUUCCGAUGAUCCUAUUGUUGGACAGGAAUCUUUGCCAUACAGAGAGAUCGAAGCCAAUCCAUUUACUGUGCUUGUAGAAUCUAGCAAAGGUGGGCAUAUUGCAUGGUUCGAUGCCAAAGGUGACCGUUGGUAUCAAGACCCACUGUGCAGAUUUUUCAGCGCGUAUCACAAUGAGAUAGCGAUGAGUAAUUUGAGACCCGAUUUGGCAUCUGUUACAUUACCGCAUCGAAACAAGUUCAAAGGUGAUCGUUAUGUUGACGCUACUGUCAGGGAUUAUUGA